AAAAGAAUAAAAAUAUAAAUUGUUUUUUUGGUGUUUGCCAUUGCCAAACUCACCAAUCGUGCAUUUACCAAAUAAUCACAUGCUGCAUCUUAAAAGCGUCCAAACAGGAGGAGUACCAGCACGACGUCGACGGCCUGCCUUCCAAUUUUCGGGUUGUCUAGCUAGUUCGUAUAGAUGAGGGACAAAGUUCCCUCGUUUGGAUUUUGUUGUGAGAUUUCAUCUCCUUGAGGCUUUCACAGAUUGCACCUAACUUAUCUGCUGACCAAAUAUGGCUUCUGAUUCUGAAGGAAAAGUUCUUGUGAUUAUGGGUGCUAGCGGUGCCGGGAAAUCAACGAUAGGUGAGAUGCUGGCAAAGGCUAUAAAUUGCAGCUUUCUCGAUGCUGAUGAUUUCCACCCACAAUCAAACAAAGGUAUAGAAAAGAUGCAGAAAGGAAUCCCUUUAUCAGAGGAAGAUCGUAUUCCAUGGCUUGAAGUGCUUCAAAAUUCCUUGAGAGCUGACUUAGUCAGUGGCAAAACUGUGAUUCUUGGUUGUUCAGCUCUGCAGAAACGGUACAGAGAAAUUCUUAGAUCUGCCGAUGCUAACUAUAGACUAGGGAGCUAUUUGAGUCUGGUGAAUUUUGUUUUGUUGGAUGCUCGGGCUGAUGUGCUAGCUGCUCGGCUACAAAAAAGGGCUUCAGAAGGGAAGCAUUUCAUGCCGGCUACGCUCUUGCAAUCUCAACUAGAUUUGCUUCAGAUUGAUGAAUCAGAAGGGAUAUUAAAGGUUGAUGCCACGCUAAGCCCUCUGGCCAUUGUGAAUGCUAUAAAAGCUCUAAUUUUCUCAACAAGAGUUGUUCAAAGUGAGAAAAAUUUAGGAAGAUCACAGUAUUAUGUUUGAAAGAUAAAAAGUUGGCACUUUGUUGAAAACUAAUUCUUCACUCUAUAUUGAUCAUAACUUUUGAUGUUUUCUUACUUGAAUUAAUUUA